AUGAUAAGGGAGGUGCUGUUAGAUAAGCUGGGCCGGUUCCAGAAGCAGAGACUUAACCCUCUCGUGCUGCUUCUAACCAGGGGGGUCUCCACUCUUAAAGGGGAGGAAUGGACUAAGCGAAGGAGGGUCAUCACCCCGGCCUUUCACCUGGAAAAAUUAAAGGGAAUGGUGCCUGCGUUUCUGACCAGCUGUGUUGAUUUAAUAAAAAGAUGGCAGAACUUAACGAGCACUGGAGGAUCUUGUGAGCUAGACAUUUGGCCUGAGUUCCAGAAUCUGACAGGAGACGUAAUCUCUCGAACAGCCUUCGGAAGCAGCUAUGAGGAAGGAAAGAAAAUAUUUGAACUACAAAAGGAGCAAGCUGUCCUGGUCAUGGAAGCUGCCCGAGCCCCCUAUAUGCCAGGAUUCAGAUUCCUUCCUACUGCAAAAAAUAGGAGGAGAAUGAACAUAGACAGAGAGAUCAAGACCAUGCUAAAAAAUAUGAUUGACAAGAAGUUGAAUUCCAUGAAAAUGGGAGGAUCUCUGGGCACCGACUUGCUUGGCUUGUUGCUGCAGCUUAGUAAUGAUAAUGAUCAGAAGAACUAUAGAAUUACGAUCGAUGAGGUGAUAGAAGAGUGCAAGCUCUUCUACUUUGCCGGUCAAGAGACAACCUCGGCGUGGCUAACAUGGACUAUGAUUCUCCUGUCCAUUCAUCCAGAUUGGCAACAAAGAGCAAGGGAAGAAGUUAUGAAAAUCUGUGGGAAAAAUACACCUGAUUUUGAAUCAGUAGGACACUUCAAAAUUGUAACCAUGAUACUUUAUGAGGUCCUAAGAUUAUAUCCACCCCUGACCUCUCUCUUUCGACAUGCAAUUAAGAAAACAAAGCUAGGAGAGUUCACUAUCCCUGCUGGCACCGAUGUCUGGCUACCCGCAAUCCUCAUCCACCAUGAUCGAGAAUUUUGGGGCGAAGAUGCUGAAGAGUUCAAUCCACAGAGAUUUUCAGAAGGGGUUUCAAGGGCAUCAAAAGUUCAAAAUGCAUUCUUUCCUUUUGGAGGGGGACCAAGGAUAUGUUUGGGCCAGAGUUUCGCAGCAAUAGAAGCAAAGAUGGCUUUGGCUACUAUUCUCCAACACUUUUCCUUUGAGCUUUCGCCUUCCUAUGCUCAUGCUCCUUAUACCAUUAUUACUCUUCAGCCACAAUUUGGAGCUCAUAUCAUCCUUCAUCAACUUUUAUACUAGUAAAGGAGGAUUUCAAACCCCCCAUCCUCCCUUCCGGGAAAAAAAAUUGCAUAGAAGCUAUCAAGCGACACAACAAACGGCCACAAAAAAAGCAAGAGCAGUACCGCAGCCUGGGAUUGGAGCGUGGGCUAAAUCCCUUUCCAGAUGCUCCUCAUAGUUUGUUGGAGCAUCGGUAAACGUUUGGGAUUUUUGACAAUAUUUGGAGCUUUCAUCCAAGUUUUGUCUUGGAAAAAAGGUUUAUGGUUACAAACAAGCAACCUUAAAAGAAGUAGAUAUGGCUCAACAAUAGUUGUCGGCUCCCAUCGAAACUGCAGUUCAUUAAUUCUCAUGAACCGAAUAUUUCUUAAUUUACCUAUAGCUAUAUGUUACUUUUUCUAUGGACAUUAUCCAUGAAAUAUCUCUACUUUAUUAGGAUUGGGCGCACCAGAUCCUAUGGCCGAUGUUCAAUUAAAUUUUCAUGAUCCUAUAUAAACCAAUGAAAGAGAUGCCACGUCGGUUAAUUAGCCGACACUGGUCAUUCUCCCAAUUGCUCAACUUGUUGGGUAGUGAGGCUGUGACAGGUAGUAUUAGAGCUAAAUCUAUCAUACGCCACAACUUUUAUUAAUGAGGAUAGCAAGAUCGGGUAGAGUCGAGUAGGACUUGUGCUAUGGGUGGGCCUGUCUCUCUUGAAUAGGAGUGAACCGUGCCACAGGAACUUAUUAGCAUGUGCCGGUCUUUUUCCCAAUAGCCUAAGCUUUUAAAUUGUUGUAAUGUGACAGAUUGUAUCUUAUUUCAAGGUGGCAUGCUUAUGAGAGCAAAAGGUGCAUUCAUAAAAGAUAGGAGUAACUGGUUAUGUAAUUAGAGAUCUUGACCCAUAUUUAAAUCAAUGUGAUUUAACUACAAAUUCAAGGUCCUGGUG